UUACGGCGGAAGUGCCUCAUGGGGAAGGGGGGCGUUUCGUCGGGCGAACAAAUCGGCCGUCCUUUGGGUAGCUCGUUGCCUUGAGGCGCAGGAUGUGGCGGAGGGGCGUCGGUGUCGGGCUCCUGGCCCUGGGCCCUCGUGGGAAAGGCGCUCUGGGGCUGGACAGUAAGGCACAUAAAUUAUUGGGCACCAGCUCUGUCUUUUGUACCAAGGAAGAUGAACCAUCCAACAAUGCAGAUACAAAGACUUUACCAAAUCAGGAGAAUAAGACAGGAGCAACGGCAAAGAAGAACUUGCUGAACAUCAUUAGUGGAAUGAAAGUAGAAGUAAGUUCAAAGAAGAAGUUCCAGAUGCUGAAAGCUCAGAAGACUGAGACCCAAGUGAAAGAUUUGCCAAGGAGUAUGGAGAGUGCAAGUAGCAUGUUCCAGAAAGCAACAGAAGAAAAAGCAAAGAGCAAGGAGAUCAAUCCAGAGCUAGUAGCAGCAGCCUCCGCAGUUGCAUCUUCACUGCCUUUUGACAGAAAAAGGACAGUUUCGGAAUUGGUUCAACUGCUGAAGAAGCACAAGGACAUCACUGACACACGCAAAAAUGGAGAUGCCACUGACAUAAGCAACAUUGUUACAAAUAUGAAGAUUGGGAAAAAUCCAUCACAACGGGAUGCUUUUAGGGCUUCCAAUCAAAUUCAGUUUGAUGACGACGGGCGAGGUUAUACAGUUGAUAGAAGUGUUCUUCGCGAUUACAGUAAAUUCAAAAGAAGAGGGAUAUAUUCUGGAAAAAGAUUUAACAUCUUCCCUCCUGCUUCUGAAACAGAAGCAGCACUGGAAAAAGUGUCGACACCAACACUUUGGGAUCUGGAACUUGCCAAAGAAAUCGAAGCAAUUACUCAGCAACCCCCUCUGAAUGCUUUUGAGGAGAUGAUACAGUGGACAAAAGAGGGGAAACUUUGGGAGUUCCCAAUUAACAACGAAGCCGGGCUUGAAGACAAUGCUGAAUUUCAUGAGCAUAUAUUUAUGGAUAAAUAUUUGGAAGACUUCCCCAGGGAAGGACCAAUCCGCCACUUUAUGGAGCUUGUGACUUGUGGACUUUCCAAAAAUCCAUACCUAAGUGUUAGAGAAAAGGUGGAACACAUUGAAUGGUUUCGGGAUUACUUCAAGGAAAAGGAAGAGUUGCUUAAGGAAAUUGAAGCGCACGAAAAGGAAAUGUUGAUCCAAGCAGAGAACCUAUCAAAGUGAAAAUUGUUUUGAAAAAAGAAUACUACAGUGGCUCUGUGUAAAUGUACCCUGGACAGAUACAAAAUCCAAAGUGGAAAAAAAUGACUAUAAAAGUUCUAUCUCAACAACUAUUACUGCUGUUAUAGGAGAUGGUGGGGGUCUAUAUGUUAUAUAUAUGACAUUGGCAAAGGUUUUCUAAUUCUGUUUUGAGAUUGUUCAAGGAAACAUUGUCACUAUCUUUUGUUAUCUCAAUAUAGCCUUUCCUAUUUUAAAAAACUUUGUCCAGAAUUAAAAUGAAUCCAAUGAACAGAAAGGAGUUAUAGUGGUAUAUAAAUGAUCAUUGGUAAUUCUUUUUCAUGAUUUGCCAAAGCUUGAUUUUUGAAAAUAAAUGUUCUGUCAUUGUGAUGAGAAUUGCACACAUUGUUUUCUUUCCCAGCUCUUGAAGCAGUUCAGUUAUUGUAAACUCUUCUAUUUGACACUUGAUUAUUUCUUUCUAUAAAAUAACCAUGGCGUAUUUGUUUGUUUUGCAAACCGCAAGCAAAACAGAUAGUGCUGGUAUAUAACUUGGUUUAUCCCUAGCCAUGAGAGCUGAGACCUGUAAUCUUAUUUAUAUUUAACUUUGGUUUAUAGAUCAUCAUCCAGUAAGUCAUCCUUCCCAAAAAUAAUGGUUCAGAUGCAGUUUGCUCCUAGAACUGAUGAAAAUAAUAAAUGGAGCUAUUUGAUCUCACUCAGUUGCUUCAUAUAAAUAGUAACACUUCUGUGCUAAUGAGGUUGUUCUGAGUUCCUACUGCUACUUGAAAUAUUUAUAGAUUUUAUUUGGCAAAUGUGAAUCACUUCAUACUCCGUGUCUUUCUCAACAAUUAGGCAAUCAGUUGUCAUGUCAUUUUCUUCUUUUCAUUUGGCCUUUAAAAUUAUUUGAAUUAUUAAGUUGUCAAGGGUCUGGCUUGCGCCAGUGGAAAUGAAUGGCAAAGUCAAUGCUAACCCCAGUAACAACUCAACACAGAACUGUCAAUUUUUUGCCUGUAUCAUAAAUUCCAUUUUAUAUGAUUAUACCUUACUGAGAGCAUGGAUGUUUUUAUGGUUUUGUGUAUUACCCCCCCCCCCACCCCCAUCCCAAUAAAACAAAUACUCAUUUUUCAA